GCACUACUGGCUGAAGCGCUGCGUGCCCGCAGUCUCUGAAGCAUUCUUCAUCUACACAGAUCGAUCUGAAAACAUUUUAAAUCUUGAGACAGUAAUGCAAAGCCCGAAUGAGGACGACGUGGGUUCCAAAAUGGUGUACGGUGCUCACUUCUUUUACGACGAUACUCUAGACAUUUACAAUGAGAAAAAGCAAGAAAACAUAUUAAAGAAAAUGUGGAAAUUCUGCUUAUCUUGUUGUCCUAAAAGGCGUUCAAAAAAGAUAGAUAUGAAAGACGAAAUUUCCUCACAAGGUUCAUAUACACAACCUCCGGUGAAGCGAUUAUUUUCCUUUGCAGAAUUAGAACUAAGCAAGAUCUCACCAAAAAUGUAUUAUGAUGCGAAUGUUCAAACCGGAGAAAGUUUGGAAAUAGAUUAUCUUGAAACGCAAAACCUUGUUGACAAACUGGUUUUAAAUGCUAAUAAAAACAAAAACAAUAGAAAAGAAACAGAUGAAUUGAACAUCUUAAAGUUUUUAAAGGAAUCAAAAUCCGAGUCAAUACAAUCUUUAUCAGGUCGAGAAGAUUGUAAUGAUGACAAAAAUCUACAUUUUAACCCCACAAUACACGAGGAGAAAGAAUUAUCUAGCACUGUGUAUGAACCUCAUAGUUCUAAAUCCCGUAAACACCAACAUGUCAAAGUUGUUACUAGAGGUGAUAUUCAUAUCGAAAAGGUUGAACCAUCGCUUCCAAAACGAUUACGUUUCGAUGAAGAAGCAACCACAAUACCAUCGAUACACGCUGAUGAAGGAAUCUUAGAAGGGGAAGAACAAACCAGUAAUACUCAAGUUAUACUGGGCACUGAAAAGUUACGGUGUUCGGAUGAUAUAGAGGAACAAGAAAGUGGGUCUGGCAGAGAAUUUAUGCGUUUCUGGACGAGUGCCAAAGAGAAGAAGUCGAAGAAGAAGAAGCGCAUAGUAUUGCAUUAA